ACAUACCACGUGAUUCGCUCGAAACAUUUUAAUGAAUGAGCUGAUAAACUGACAUGAUAACUCAUGUCGCUUGACUUUAAGGGCCAAGAGUUAAAGCGUUAUUCCCAUGCAGCGUCGGCAGGGAGCAGCAAGCGCUCCCCCGUCAGCCUGGUUCAUGUGAUACUGAUCUGUCACAGUGGUUGACAGGGACUGGCAAACUGGUGCUCUUUUGGGAUGGUUUUUCACUCGAUGACAUGUCUCUGUAUCGGAACGCUGUCUGGUUUUUGAACGGAAUCCACCAAUAUACAAGGAAGGGAUAUGAGGCGGCGUCUAAAGACUUUGAGGUUCAAGACCUGAACGUGUCUGUUGUGGGAAGAUCUUUUAUGAUCACCGGGGCCAACAGUGGAAUUGGCAGAGCAACAGCCAUGGCUAUAGCCAAGAAAGGUGGGACGGUCCACAUGGUGUGCAGGAACAAAGAUAAAGCAGAGGAAGCCAGAGCCGAUGUCGUCAAUCAGUCAGGGAAUACGGAGGUGUACAUCCAUAUUGUGGACAUGUCGGAGACAUAUAAAGUCUGGCAGUUUGCAGAGACCUUCAAGAAGCAGUAUCCAUCUUUAAAUGUGCUGAUAAACAAUGCAGGGUGUAUGGUGCACCGGAGAGAACUGAAUGCUGAGGGACUGGAGAAGAACUUUGCCACCAACACGAUGGGGGUGUACAUCCUCACUCAGAGCCUCAUACCACUUCUACAAAAGAGCCGGGAUCCCAGGGUGAUCACUGUGUCCUCGGGAGGCAUGCUGGUAGAGAAACUCCGAGUAGAUGACUUGCAGUCAGAGAAGGGCCAUUUUGAUGGUGUUAUGGUAUAUGCCCAGAACAAGAGACAGCAGGUGGUGCUGACACAGCAGUGGGCCAAAGCCAACCCAGUCAUUCACUUUUCUGUGAUGCAUCCCGGUUGGGUCGAUACGCCAGCUGUUUCUACAUCAAUGCCUCAGUUCCACCAGAUGAUGGGGGAGCGGCUGCGCAGUGUAGAGCAAGGAGCAGACACUGUUGUGUGGUUGGCCUUGUCUAGAGCUGCUGCCCGAACACGCAGUGGGCAGUUCUUCCAAGAUCGCAGGCCUGUACCCACCCACCUGCCUCUGGCCUGGACUCACAGUUCUGCAGAAGACACCCGGAAUUUCACGGCUCAGCUGGAGACACUGGCCGGAUUAAUUCAGACACAACCUAAUGCGGAAUUCAACGAACCCCCGGGUCCUUCCAAGCCUCAAUUUGUCUGAGUUGGGAUGUAAAUGUUACACUGAUUGACCCACUCAUUGACCCAUUAAAUCAUUAGUCAGAUCAAUUUCUGAGGCAGUUGGCGUAUUUAUCAUGUUUAAUCUUAUUUGUCGAGUGCACCUCCUAAUUCCGAUCAUUAACUUCGUGUAAGUGUUUUGCACAGUGGUCUGUUGUGCUUACAUCUUAGAUUAUAACAGCAAAUUAAAAGCCCGCUCUAAUGGAUGUAA